AUGGAUAGCUGGUGCGAGCUGGAAACGCACUUAAGAACGCACAGUGCCAUUGACAGCACGUACCAAGAAAUGCAAAUCCUGGAAAAAAAACACUGGAAUAAUGUCAUGAAGAGGUUCAUUGCCAUAGUCUGUUACCUUGCAGAACGAAACCUUGCUUUCCGUGGCCACAAUUCCACCCUACAUGAACCAAAUAAUGGGAACUUUCUAGGUCUGGUGGAGCUGCUUGCCGAGUUUGACCCAGAGAUGAGCGAACAUGUCAGACGAGCAGAGAAAAAAGAGAUUGCUGACCACUACGACGUUUUACAUGAGGUGAAUCAUGUCAGCAAGCUGCUUCAGAGCCCACAAGUGGGAAUCGAUGUUCUACGGCGCGAGGUGGAAUAUGUUCUGAAAUUUCUCAAGGAAUACAGAGAGAAUGGCCUUUCAUCCACCCAAACAGAUGCCGGAGACAUAGCUGAAGAGAUAGGGAUGCCAAUGGUCUUUCCUACUGCACGAAUCAGAAAACCAAAACGCCAGUUCCAGUGCGAGUCCCAAAAACACAGCGAUCGUUGGCUGAGGCGCAGGUCUCGCGCUGACACAGGGGGGGGAGCCUGGUGUGGAUUGGCUCGCAACCGAACAACAGAGGUGGAAAAGGGGGUGGCUGGUAAGAACAGCGCAUCGGAAAAGAAGAAGGCUGGAGAGACCAGCGAAUCAGGGAAGAAGAACAUUGGAGAGACCAGCCCUUUGGCUCGUUGGGCUGGGAUCAAGAACACAGUCCGUCUGAGUGUUCGGGAUCUGAAGGAAGGCAACGGUUUCAGUCGGGAGACCUUCAUUCGUAAGCUGCUACUAGACUGCUGUGGCUUCAAAGUGGAAGAUCUUUACUGCGUACAGGAUUUGGCCGGUUACUACGAUGUCACGUUCUGGCAUGCCGCAGGGUGGCAGAAAUCAUGCGAGUGCUUUUCUGAGAAGGGGAGCGAGGCGCCGCUGUCGCUACUAAAGGUGCAACCCCUCUUCGCUGACGCAACGCAGCAAGAGAGAACAGUUAUACAAAUAUUUAAUCCCUAUGUACCGGUGGUCGAUGUCCUCACGUUCCCAGUGCGAUAUGUGGAGAGAGUGGGCAAGUGUGAGAAUGUCAACGACAGUCUGGGAGUGUGGACAAGUAAAAGGCAGCUCAGGGUGAAGCUGAGGGUGGACACCAGCGGCUGUGUCAUCUACCCACCCUCAGUGUUCGCAAUAGGAGGGAACCGGGGCUUCCUGGUUUACGCCGGGCAACCCAAGGUGUACCGCAACUGCGGCAAGGCGGGGCACAUGGCAGCCCAGUGGAAGGCUGUGCUGUGCAGAAACUGCAAGGUGGAGGGACACCUCAACAACGACUGCACGGAGGCCAAGUCCUGCAACCUCUGCGGGCAGGCGGGCCACCUGUACAGGGCCUGUCCGAAACGUGUGGGCGCCUAUGCACAGGCAGCCACUCAGCAAGAAAUCCAAAAGAACCCAAUUAAAAAGAGAAAGACCAACACCCAAUGAACAGAGAAAAAACACGCACCAUACAAACAAUAGUAGCAAGCAACAGCAUUCGGAACCAAAUUGAGUCCAUAGAUCUGGAUCCCCAGACAUGCCCUCUUCCCAUUAUUACCAUCAGGGAGAAGGUACAAGGCCUGAAGAUACAUACUCAAUGUUUUAGGAACAGCUGUUCCACUCUGCCAUCAGAUUUCUGAAUGGACAAUGAACCAAGCCAUGAACACUAUCUCACUAUUUUGCUCUCAUUUUUGUAUUAAUCAUUUAUAUAAGAUAUAUUUUUAAAAAUGUAUUGCACUAUAUUAUUGCUGCAAAACAAAGUUCAUGAUCUACGUCAGUGAUAAUAAACCUGAUUGAUGAGAAAGUAAAAGUGAUAAACAUGAAUUAUGCUGAAGAGGGAUGAUUUUCUUUAUGAUUGACCUAUCUGGAAGAGAAGUUGUUGUGACUCCAGAAAUAAAUGAUAAAAGAUUCAUAGGAAUUGAAAUAAAUAUAGAAAAUGCUGCAAACACUCAGCAUUUAAGCUAGUUGAACAAGUGUACUGGGCAGAAACGAGACAUGGAGUGAUGAGUCAUAGGCCCUUUGGCCAAUCUGUCCAUGCCAACCAACAUGUCUAUUUGAGCUGUUCCCUUUUGCCCGUAUUUGGCUCAUAUCCCUCUAAACAUUCUUAUCCAUGUACCUAUCAAAACGCCUUUCAAACAAUGUAAUUGUACCCACUUCUACAGUCUACAGUUUUCACUGGCAGCUUGUUCCGUAUUCGCACCAUACUCUGUGUGGAAAAAGUAGCCCUUCAAGACCCUUAAAUACAGCGCCUAUGAAAAGUAUUCACCCCACGACUCCCCCCCCCCAGAAGUUUUCAGAUUUUGCUUUACAACAUUGAAUCACAGUAGAUUUAACUUGGCUUUUUUUUUUAAACAUUGUCAACAGAAAAGACUUGAAUCAAGUAAAGGCAUCUGUUAGUCUUGUGAGACCAUGGAUCUGCACCUGGAAAGUCUUCACUCUCCAGGGCGCAGGCCUGGGCAAGGUUGUGUGGAAGACCAGCAGUUGCCAUGCUGCAAGCCUCCCCUCUCCUCGACACCGAUGUUGUCCAAGGGAAGAGCAUUAGGACCCAUACAGCUUUCACCAGUGUUGUCACAGAGCAAUGUGUGAUUAAGUGCCUUGCUCAAGGACACAACACGUUCCCUCGGCUGGGGCUCGAACUCACGACCUUCAGGUUGCUAGUCCAAUGCCGUAACCACUUAGCCAUGUGCCCACUUGAAUCAAAGUGAAAACAGAUUUGUUCAAAUUGGUCUAAAUUUAUUACAUUUACUAAACACAAGAUAAUUGAUUGCAUGAUUACUCCCCCCCCUUCAAGACAGUAUUUAGUAGAUAUACCUUCGGCAACAGUUACAGCCUUGAGUCUGUGUGGAUAUGUCCAUCAGCUUUGCAGAUCUGGACAUCACAAUUUUUCCCCAUUCUUCUUUACAAAGCUGCUCCAGCUCUGUCAGAUUGGAUUGGGAUCAUCAGUGAAUGGCCCUCUUCAAGUCCAGCUACAACUUCUCUAUUGAUUUGAGAUCAGGACUCUGACUUGACUACUCCAGGACAUUAACUUUGUCAGUUUUAAGCCAUUCCUGUGUAGCUUUGGCUUUAUGCUUGGGGUUAUUGUCUUGCUGAAAAACAAAUCUUCUCCCUAACUACAGUUCUCCUGCAGACUGUAUCAGGUUUUCUUCCAGGAUUUUCCUGUAUUUUGCUGCAUUCAUUUUACUCUCUACAUUCACAAGCUUUCCAGAGCCUGCUGUAAUGAAGCAUCCCCACAGUAUGAUGCAGCCACCACCAUGUUUCAUGGUAGGGAUGGUGUGUUUUUGAUGAUGUGCAGUGUUCGGCUUAUGUUAAACAUAACAUUUAGUUAGAUGGCCAAAAAGCUCAAUUUUGGUUCCAUCAGAUGAUAGAACCUUCUUCCAACUAACUUCAGAGUCUCCCACAUGCCUUCUGACCAACACGAGUUGAGACUUCAUGUGAGUUGUUUUUUUCAACAGCAGCUUUCUCUUUGUCACCCUGCCAUAAAGCUGCAAGCGGUGAAGCACCUGGGCAACAGUUGUUGUAUGCACAGUCUCUCCCACCUCAGCCACUGAAGUUUGUAACUCCUCCAGAGUUGUCAUAGAUCUCUUAGUGGCCUCCCUCACCAGUCCCCUUCUUGUACUGUCACUUAGUUUGUACUGUCACUUAGAUCCAGGUGUAUUUUUACUGCAAUCAAUUGAAAUACCUUGACUGCACACAGUUGAUCUCCAUUUCACUAAUUACGUGACUUCUAAAACCAAUUGGCUGCACCAGUGCUGAUUUGCUUUCUCAUAUCAAAGGGGGUGAAUACUUAUGUAAUCAAUUAUUUUGUGUUUAUAUUUUUAAUGAAUUUAGAUCACUUUGUAGAGAUCUGUUUUCACUUUGACAUGAAAAAGUCAUUUUCUGUUGAUCAGUGUCAAUAAAGCCAGACACUGUCACCGUGAUUCAAUGUUGUAAAACAAUAAAACAUGAAAUCUUCCGGGGGAUGGGGCAGUGAAUUCUUUUUAUUGGCACUGUAUUUCCCCUCUCAUCCUAUAUUUUUGCCUUGUAGUUUUAGACCCUUCUAUACCAAUAUAGUGGGGGUGGGGGGAAGGAAUGGAACAUACUACCAUCCACUAAGCCCCUCAUUAUUUUCUAUCCCUCCAUUCGGUCACCUUUUAGCCUCUUACAUUCCAAGGACAAAGGUGACAGCCUAUCCAGCAUCUCCUUACAAAUCAGGUCCUCCAGCCCUGGUAAUACCCUUGAUAAUGCACAAAUAUCGGAAGCUGCAGACAGUUGUAAACUCAUUCAGCUCCAUCAUGCGCACAACCCUCCCUGGCAUCGAGGACAUCUACAGAAGGCCACAUCUCAAAAAGGCGGCAUCCAUCACUGAUGACAUUCACCUUCCGGAACAUGCAUUCUGUUCAUUGCUACCACCAGGAAGGAGAUACAGGAGCCUGAAGAUACAUACAGUACUCAACAUUUUAGGAACAGCUCCUUCCCUUCUACUGUCAGAUUACUGAACAAACCAUGAACCCAUUAUUUCGUUAUUUCUCUUUUGCUUUCUUGCUUUAUGUAUGGCACUUGUCUGCUGCCACAAAACAACACAUUUCAUCAAGCACACCUUCAAAAGAUGAUGCCUCAAGAAGACGGCAUCCAUCAUUAAGGAUCCCCAUCACCCAGGACAUGACCGCUUCUCAUUGCUACCAUCAAGGAGGAGGUACGGGAACCUGAAGACACACACUCAAAGCUUCACAAACAGCUUCGUCCCAUCCACCAUCAGAUUUCUGAAUGAACAAUGAAUCCAUGAACACAACAUCACUCUUCUUUUCCACUUCUUUUUUGCAAUACGUAUUUAAUUUGUUUCCAAUCAUAUUAUAAUUUACAGUAUAUUUUAUUAAGUACUGCUGCCACAAAACAACAAAUUUCACGAUAUAUGCCAGUAAUUCAGAUUCUGAUAUAUGUCAGUGAUUAAAAAAAACAAUUCUGAGCCAGCACCACCAAUCAGAACAUGCUAUGGGAAUCCCGAAAUAAUGGUCUAAGCAAUGAUUCACGAUGGGAAUUCACAAUAUAACAUUACAGCACUUUAGGAAAAUAAUUGCGGUCAUGUUGUCGGGUAAUGUAAUUGGUGGAAAUAUACAUAAUUCACAACCACUAACAUUGAUCAAGGGUUCACUUUAAGAGGCUGGUCUGACAUAAUAUACUGUUACCACGCUUUGUCUUCAGUGGUUGAG